AUGUCUUGGCUAGGAUAUUUGCCAUGGUCAGAAGGUAUAAAGAAGAGAGCCUGCAGAUACUUGCUGCAGCGCUAUCUUGGACAAUUCUUAGAAGAAAAACUUACUUUAGAUCAACUGACAGUAGAUCUUUAUAAUGGCACCGGACGGGUCACUAAUGUCAGUCUGGAUGUACAGGCUCUUAACGAGCUGGGCGAACAACAACACUUGCCCAUUGAAUUUGUUGAUGGAUUUGUUGCUGAAAUGUCAGUCAGUAUACCUUGGUCAGCUUUACUCAGUGAAGCAAGUUACAUUGAAGUAACUGGUUUAAGAAUGACGGUUCAACCUAGACAAAGAACUGAUGAUGGAACAUCUAUGUUUGAAUCGAUGUGGAGCUCAAUGACUUCCAGUAUGCAACUGGCACAAGAGUGCUUGCAGCAAGACUCUAAUACUGCAGGAAAUUCGCAGCCACUGGAAGGAAUCGAAACUUUUGCUCAAACAAUUGAUUCGAUACUGAGUAAAGUAAAAAUACGUUUUUUGGAUACUGUGAUACGUUUGGAACAUGUGCCACUUGAUUCAGCAACAGGAGUUGCAAUGGAAAUUCGUAUUCAAAACUUGGAAUACUCUGACGAAGCAGGAUCAGAUCCAUCUCCAAAUGUUGCUCUUGAUUCUAAUCAAUCAGCCAAAGGAUAUGUAGUCUCUGCUUUUUCGACAAAACGUUUUUAUUUAGAAGGUGUCACUUUUCAUGCUGAUGAAUUUCCAUCAAGGGCAAGAACAUUUUCUAAAAGUGUUAUGACCACAAGUAGGGGUUCAACUCCAGAUUCUAAGACUUCAGAUGGGCAAUUUUCUUCCGCACAAAUAUCUCCAACGCAAAAUAUGCAAACUCCACCAGAUAAAAAUAUAGUAAAUAACUUGAAUGAAUCUAAUCCAAUUAUUUUUGCUAAAUUAUCUGGUCGUCAAGAAAUCAAAUUAAAGCUAAAACGUGGAGAAGGCGUUUUAGGACCUAAAGUAGAAUUAAUAGUUACCCUAGGCUCUCUUACUAUGUUCAUGAGCCCACGGCAAGUGCACCUUUUACUCGAAUUAAUGCAAGGCCUUGCUUCACCAGAUAUGGAAGAUAUUAGUAAUGUAGCUCCUAGACCAGUUUGUACCGAAAAGCCAAUGGUUAAUAGCGAUUUCAAUAGAGUAGAACGUGAACUUUUCAGUCAAAUCAAUCCUGCGCAAAGUUUGAAAACAUUAGAUUUACGAAAUACUCAAGGCUGGUCAACUGCGUCACUUGACGAUUCGGACAACGAAGAUGAAUUUUUACCAAUGCGCAUGCAUAACACUAGUGCGAGUUCAAAUAUGAAUAAUUCUAUUACAAGCAAUAAUACUAGCAUGGAUGGAAGCAUAAUGACAAGUAGUUUUAGCUCAAAAAGUUCCAUAAACAAUUCUCAUCGUCAGCACAAAUACAGGCACACUGUAGAUUCUGAUCCAUCGGCGGAAACGUCGCAGUUCCACGUAAGAGUGUCAUCGAUUGCUGUAGUGUUAUUGCAUGAGAAUAUACUUACCACUGGUAUGGAAGGAUACGGACCAACUAAAGCUAGCAUAAAAAUGAUGACAAGUAAAGCUGAAGAGUUUUUUCAGAAAAUCCACAAGUUCACAGCCAGUGGAUAUGGUAAUAAAGAUUUUGAAAGAGCCUCAAAACUCUUUGCUGAUGCAUGUCAACUUAGCCAUUUGAGAUUUUUAGCAGCUCCAUUAGUAUUAGAAUGUAGCGAAAAGAAAACAUCGCAGUUCUGCACAACAUCAGGUGGCCUAACUCUAGCAAGCUUGGAAAUUGUUGAAUGUUUGAUAGAAGCUUCAAAUAGUAAUAAUUCUAUCAAUGCCACGUUCAUAGAACUGUUGAGUUUUCUCAGAGAGAGUACACCUAACUCAGCUUUUUUGAAUAAAACUGAUUUUGAAAUGCGUUUCAAGUACAGUAUGAGAGCUGUGAGACAAGGACAAAUUACAAAGUAUAGUAAUCCCCGAACAGAAUUUGACAUCACAUUGAAACCUUGUCAGUGUGAAUUGGACAUAUCAAUAAUCGAUAGAAUAUCAAUGCUUUUGAAUCCUGAGCCAAUAUGUGUAUCAAGUCCAGCCAGUACUGUAGCUAGAGGAAAUAUCAAUCAACAGACAUUGUUUUAUCAAGCGGUCGAAAGUCCACUGCCAGAUUCUCGCACGGAUAUCAAAGUUAAUGCUAGUAAAUGCAUUAUUAUCUUGAGGUUUCCCAUUCCGGAUUUACGUCCUCGAUAUGACCGCGUUCCUUGGUGGAAACGCUCAAUCAGGCCCGACUACAUGACAUUGCAUCUCACUGACGCCAAAGCACAAACACUAUUCGAAAGUCGCAAACCGUAUCUCUCACGUUUGGAAAUUCAGUGUCGUCGCGUUUUGGUCACUUACACUGAAGCGGAUUCAGAUGUACCUCUAGAAAUUGCUAAAGCGUCAUCCGACAAAUGUGAACGUGCAGAUGGUUCGUUGCAAAACGAAGAUGAAGGAUUUGGCUGGCCAAGAAUCGUCGUAAGCAUUUUUCCACAACAUGUAGGUGGACCUCUGGAGGAUAGUAGUGAAGGAGAAUUGGAUAGUAGUCUGGAUGAUACGCUGGAAAAUGCACCUAGACAUCAGCCGUCGCCGUUCAGCUCAAAAAAAGUUAUUCACGAGUCUGAUACACCGCAUUCGAGGCCGCAGAAUCAGCAUGACAAGGAUAGUUCGGAACAAAAAGAAAGCGAAGAAUUAAUAAUACCUGGGAACAGGCAAGAAAUGAACGAAUUUAUCGAAGAAGGCACACGUAAUGUAAGGAUACAACUGGAAAUCGGCUUACCCUGUGCUUCCGUCCAAAUUCCAUCAAAGCAUUUGUAUGAGCUAAUAUACAAUAGAUUGAAUACUGAUCUUUUGCUUUGGGAACCCUCGGCUCCCAAAAGAAAGUCUGCGUUGCCAACCGAUACAAACGCUAGUCUUGAUAUAGCUUCAACACUCUUGCAAGAAUCCGUUUAUCCGAAAUUUAGCAUGUGUAAGAGCGGCAUCCAAUAUGACUCAGAUUCGGACUCAGAAGAAGACGGUAUAUUUCAAUCAACGACUAGCAGAGUCACUAAUAAACACCGGCACAAUCGUUUGAUGAAAAAUGGCCAAAGUAAAGUGUCGAUUACCCUUACAAUAAAUCAGGGUUUAUUCACUAUGUUCACACCGGUUCGGGAUUCUAUGCAAAAUGUGAUUCCUGGUCAACAGGGUGAAUUAGUAAUACGGAUAGAAGACGCAACUAUGUUCUCGGUUUCUAGCUACAAAGGAGACGAGAAUUUGGGCUAUGUUUGCAUUUUAGGGAAAGAAGUGACGCUUUAUCAUUGUGGUAUUAAUACGAUACCAUCGCAAGCUCCACCCUUGAGGUCCAUCAACAGCAUUAUCCCAAAGCAUUGCCAUCGCACGAUUUAUCGAAGCGAACCUGGUGCUAAUAUAGCCGUAAAUGCCAUUGAGAAAGAUAUGUUAUCAGUUGCUAUUAAGAUUCAAAGUGCUCAUGAAACACAUCGAGUCAAGACUUUCAGAGUUGCUAUCGGAAUCAGUCAGGCUACGCUGAGCCAUCGCGUUUGUUUAUCGCAGACAUUCUGGUUUACGCAAUUAACCGAUUGCCUCGACGUUAUGGAUCACCCAGUUUCAGGUUACAUACCACCUGGAGUUUUGACUGAAUUGCAUGUUCAUCUAUGGGAGUGCACAAUUGAUUAUAGGCCAAUUCAUUUGCCUCUGAGAUCAAUGGUUACAAUAGGUAGCUUCAGUGUUUCGAGCAAUAUCGCAGCGCAAACUAAUACUUCUACUCUUCGCUUCAUUGCUGAAGAUUUGGCCCUUUUCAUCUCUGAUAAGAUGGGUAAACUCGUCGACUUACGUAGAGAUUAUGUGUGCGUUAUGGAUCUGGGCCUUUUUGAGCUAUCUCUGCGCUUAAAUGAAAAAAUGUGUGGAGGAGCCCCCAGAGUAGACCUUCGUGCGAGCAACGAUGUGUUACACGUACGCACUUGCUCGGAUUCAGGGCGAGCUCUAAUGCAAUUAUUAACAUAUUUUGCUAGUGACGGUGACCUUGCACCAAGUACUGGUAACGAGGAGAGUACCACUGUACCUAGCUCCGAAGAUGGCGAAAGUCUACUAGGAGAUGAAAGUAUCAAUCUACUUAGUAAAAGUCAAAUUGAAAGGGUAAAUAGUCUAAUGGAGGAAGCCAUGGAAGACACUGUUAAAGGUACAACUGAAAAACCCGAUCAGAAAUCACCCAAACGAAAUGAUCAGGUAGAAGUUUUCUUUUUUCCGGACGAGUCGAAUCCUGCGGUUAGCGAUACUUUUAAAAAAUCAUCAACAACGUCAAAAGGGUUUAGCAGUCCAUCGUUGGACGAUCAUCAUUUGCUUGAUUUUGACGACGGAGAUGAGGAUUUCUGUAUACUUGGUGAGGAAGCGGGUGUUGGAAUUAUGCCUCGGCAUGGAGUACCAGAAGUUCGGUUGUUGUCUCAAGAAUCAUUAAGAAUAGUUGAUAACCAUUUUUCGAUACCUUUGGGAAAGAAGGAUUUGUUGCAAGCACCAAAAAAUUUCCCACCGGCGAGUUUAAGAUAUACGUUAUGCGAGAUGACACUAGUGUGGCAUAUCUAUGGCGGAAAAGAUUUCGGAGAUACGCAACCGGUAGCUAAAAAGCACAUUACCAUAAAUGAUAACUCAACAUAUUACAGCAAUUGCAGUCAAGCAAGAAGUCGAUCUGCGAUUGAAAGUGUUGGCUAUAGCAGUUCAUCACCAAAUAGAGUCCGUUUCGGAAGUAUGCCGAACUCUCCUAACAAUCGUCAAGUUAAAAAUGGCCCUCUCGAUUGGCAAGAGUUAGGAGGACCUCAUCGCCGCCUCGAUGUCCUCAUGGAAUUUCAAUUAAAUAAAAUUCGUUUCCAGCAUGAACUUUAUCCUGACAACACUCGCGAAGCCUCUUGCCAAAUUCUCCUCAUCAGUGAAAUCGAAAUACGAGAUCGUUUGGCUAGUUCGCAUAUUAACAAGUUUCUUUAUCAGUACAGUAGUGAAACCAAGCCUAGACAAUCACACGCCAAUAUGUUUGCCAUGAAAGCUAUUCACAUCCGACCGGAUCCUAAACAAUCGGCUCAAGAAUGUUGUCUAAAACUAAGUCUGCUACCUCUAAGGUUGAAUAUUGAUCAAGACAGUUUGUUGUUUUUGAUCAAUUUCUUUACUGAAUUGAGCAAUGGAAUAAAACCAAACACCGAAACUAUGGGCAAUAAUGUGCCUGUUUCUCCAGGAUCUAAGCAAGGCACACCGACGCACCAUCCACCAGUCAUGAGUGUUAACGAAGAGGAGGAUGAUUUCGAUACUAAAAAUACUAUAAAUAUCUCGCAAAACGCAAAUAUUGAUCAGAAUUUAAUGAUAUUAUUAGAGGAUGAGCUCACCAUUAAGGAGAACAAAUCAAGCGCCAAGACCAUUAAUGAGACACAAGAGUCAGGACAACCAGUAUACUUUAGAAAAAUAACCUUUGCACCGGAAGUCUUAGUCCGAUUGGAUUACCAUGGUAAACGAGUUGAUCUCACUCAUGGACCCCUAGCUGGCCUAUUGAUGGGUCUGGGUCAAUUGAAUUGUUCAGAAUUAAGACUGAAAAGAUUGACCAAUCGUCAAGGCAUUCUUGGAUUCGAUAAGCUUAUGUCUUAUUUGUUAUCAGAGUGGACACAGGAUAUAAAAAAAAAUCAAUUACCAAGUUUACUAGGUGGAGUAGGUCCUAUGCACUCCUUAGUUCAACUAUUUCAAGGAAUACGCGACCUAUUUUGGUUGCCAAUUGAACAGUACCAAAAAGAUGGAAGAAUAGUGAGAGGUUUACAAAGAGGUGCCAACAGCUUUACAACUUCCACAGCAAUGGCAGCUCUUGAAUUAACUUCUCGAUUAGUGCAUGCGAUUCAAAGUACUGCUGAAACUGCAUAUGAUAUGGUUAGCCCUGGACCCAGUGUUCGUAGCAUUAAAACUAAAGGACAAAGAGGUCGUAGAAAACGAUAUAGUCAACCAUUAGAUAUUCGAGAGGGAGUUGCUAAUGCAUAUAUUCUUGUUAAAGAGGGUUUGGGAGAAACUGCAAAUCAGUUAGUUCGAGUUGCAAGUGAAGAACAUGAGCAGAAGGGAGUGUCUGGAGCAGUAGGUGGAGUGUUACGCCAAAUACCACCAACUGUUGUGAAGCCAAUUAUUUUGGCUACAGAGGCUACCAGCAAUGUUUUAGGUGGUAUGCGAUCUCAAUUGGUGCCAGAUGCCAGACAUGAGGCUGCCCAAAAGUGGAGGCAGGACUGCCACGAUGUAAAUUAAGAGCAAAAUGCCAUAAUAUAAUGGAAUUCACUAGUAAUGAAUGAUUUGUGCUUGUUUCCUUAAAAAUUUUUAAAAACAUUCAAACUGAGCUGAGAUGUGCAAAAAUGUUCAUGACAAUGGUUGAAUCAACUGAAUUAUAUCACUCACAACGACCUGUUCAUAACAUGAAUUUAAUUUUUUCAUAACUAACAAGCUGAUCAUUCAUUGAUAAGUUUUGCAAAUUGAUUACUAAAAAAAAUGUAUUUUAUUACGCAACAAACAGACUAUUGUUCUGAUAAUGCAAUGACAAAAAUGUGAUUAAUAUAAUGAUAAAAAUGAAUUUAUUUUUCCAAGGAUACAGAAAUCUAAUCAAGACAAGAUUCAAUGACUUAGUCAUUAAGAUGCUUACAUAAAAAAUUUUGAAAAAGAGAGAACAUGAAGUUUAAAUAUCUAUCCAGAUUUAAAAACUUCACCUUUUGUUUAAUUAAAUUUUAGUGUUAUACUAUAAAAACUAUUAGUUAGUUUUAAAUUUAAGGAUGAAUGUUAAAAUUCAAGAACGAAUGAUAUAUUUACACUAUAUGUUCAUGAAUUGUUGACAAAGCAAAAAAAUAGUGCUUGUACAUUUCAUGUUCUAAUGUCUUGUAAGUUUUAUACAAAUUAUACAAAUAUAUGUAAAAGAUUUUUCAUAAUAAAAUGCAGAAUAAGUUGUUUUA